AUGUUAAACAAGUUGCCCAAUGUACUGAAGCAAGCAAUUCAUCACGCUGCCUGCUCGCCUGUUAUUAUCGCAUUGAUCUGACAGCCCAAGGCUCAUUACGUCAUGAGCAUCAUUAUUAGAUGGGUGAACUAUUUUUCAUCCUCCAUCAGGGUGGUGACCUUUACCAUAGGGCGGAAAGCCACCAAAGCGAGGGCGGCGGAGCUUGGAGUCUACCGUCUUGUAGAGAGGAGUGUUGACGUAGAAAGAAAGCAGCUACGAAUCCACGCCCCCCAAGGCUAUCUAGAAGGGUCCAGAUUUCUUGGGGACCUCUCAGCGACAGCCUGGGACAGCGCGCCUGGUCGGGAAGCCCUGAGUCGGUGGUGGGGGGCGGUGGAAGCUGCAGGCGGGCGACUCAAGAGCCAGCCCAUUGAUCCCCCGCCCGGCCCGCCGCGCCCCCACCCACGGGUUCCCGCGCCCCGCACGUUCCCCAGGAGUCGCCAUGGCAACGGACGCCGGGUUCUGGACUCCGACUCGCCCGAGCCCGCAGCUCCGCGGGAGGCGCACGGCCCAGCGGCCACCUCCAGGGCUCCGAUGGAGACCCGGGGCGACACGCCCGAGACAGAGGAGUGCCGGAAGAUCAUCGAGAACCUCGAGUCCGCGAUUGAACAAUUCCAGUUGGAUGCCAGACUUAACAUUUCAGAUAAUCUGAAGGUUGGCUUUUACAGCACAGACCAUGCUACUCAAACGGAUUCCAGUGAAAUUUUGCCGUUAAAAGAAAUAAGUUCCUCUACACAAACACUAGUACAGAUUUUUAACUCCCUUCAGGUGGAUUUUAGAUUCUUCAAACAAUUGCUUCAGUUGAAAUUUGAAGACCGUCUCAAAGAAGAAUCUUUCAAUCUCUUCACUGCUCUACAUGACAGGAUCCUAGCAGUCGAAAAACAUUAUCAACAGAAUGCGGAUAACUUAAGAAAAAGCUACAAUCAGCAGUUGGCCGAUGCCAUCGCUGUUAUCAAAGGAAUGUACAAGCAAUUUUUUGAGGUGGAAGAAGAGAAGACUUCUGUGCAAGACUCAACGACUGUCAAAAUGAAUAUUUUGUUAAGAAAACUGAAGGAGAAAGAAGAAAUUAUUAAGGAAUUAAAAGAAGAACUAGAACAAUAUGAAGAAUUUAGAUUUCAAAAAUUUGACUCUUUUAUCAGAGAUACCAGCCCUGCAAAACUGACUCUAGACAAGGACGUUUCGGACUAUAAAGUGGAAAAUGAGAGACUGCUUCAAGUCGUUUCAGAACUCGAAGAAGAAAUCCAACUCAAUCUAAAAGAAAAUUCAGAAUUAGAAGAUGAAAUUAUAAGUCUGAAAGAGAAGGCAGAAAAGGAUCAUAAAACUAUUCAAAGGUUAAUUGAUGGUAGAGACAGAUUAAUGCAGGAGCUUGAUUUUGAAAAAUCAUUGGUUCAAGACAUGAUUAAUAAGCAGAAAGAGGACAUGGAAACAAGAAGAAAGUUUGACAGCACGGGCAGAAGGAGUCUGAGAUCAGUCAAGGGGAAAGAAGCCACUUUGUCCCCGUGGCCCUCACAACCCGGGACUCCAUUCAAGAGUGGUGCCAUUUUGAGGCCACAUUCUGCCUCCAUCAGUUCGUCGUCUGUCAGGACCAAAACGGUUAAGACUCCAAAGCAGUCUUCAAAGAAAGAGCCCCAUGUGAGCCCUGUAGCUCCUACUCCCAGAGCUGGCUCGAGAUCCAGCUCCAGAUCCGGCUCCAGAGCUGGCUCCAGACCUGACGCCAGGCGCUCCACGGCAGAGCCCACCCCACCAGGACAGUCAACAGAUCAAGGGCCUAUUGUAGAGAAAGUAGUGACGGUUAGGUAUGCAACACCGGUUGUGGUGCAUAAAGAAAAGACGACUGAAAACAAACGUUUUCUGGAGGAGCAAAUAGAAAUAUUAAAGGCUAAUUUAGAGAAUGAGAAAAAGAAGACAGAAAGGUUUAGGAAGGAAUCAGAACGGAUAAACAAAAUCUGGGAAAGGAAAUUCUUUGUUCUCAGGAACAGCUUCCAUGUCCUUAAGAACGAGAUGUUUACUAGACACACAUUGUUUCGUCAGUUUGCAGUGCUUGCUGACACAUCCUUCAAUUAUGUUAAAGUAAAACCUUUAUAUGUGCAGUCUAAAGUGAACUUGACAGAUUCUGCAUCUUCUGGAAGUGAUCAUCAUGUAUCUUUGAUGGACAACAAGUACCUGGACAUAGUCGGUGAUCAGAUAUCCUUUCUGCCUUCACCAAAAGUGAGGUUGUCAGGAGCCCUGGAGGAACAGCCUUUGGAGAAGCCAUCGAAACCCCAGAACACCCCAGUGAACGACAUGGAUGCUACUGGGUAACGGGGCAGAACACUGGGCUGCGCAGAGCGGGACCACAGAAAGAGGGCCCUCACCAUCCUGGCGUGGGGCCUGCCUCCCUGGCGAGGGGUACCAUCGCCAAGGCGUUUCUAAAAUAACUGUUCCGUCUCUCCGGGUGAUGUACGCGAAGCGCGCGCUCUGCGCGCACCUUUCCAAGCCUUUAAGGAAACCGCUCGCUGGUGCUGGGUGAGCGGGGCGCACGGAUUCUGAGAGGCCGCCAAAUCCAUUCCCGCGUUGCCCGGGCUCAGAGAUGUGCCCCAGCGCCUUAGGACGGGAAGGAACGAACCUCAAUUAAAGUU